UCAUUCAUGGCAAAAAUGACGUUUAAGUCUAAUCAUAGGAACAGCAUGGAGAUACAGCCUGAAGUUGAUGCCUUGUUGGAACGGCAGAAAAGAGAAGCCAUGCCCAUUCCAGAGAGCAACUCUAGCAAGGUGAUAUAUUUAAAACGAGAUGUGGUGGACAAUCGGUUACAUUUACUACUAUUGAUACAAAACAAGAAUCGCCAAAUGGCAGUCAGAAAUGAAGAUCGUCCACACUAGCCCCAGCCCAACCAGAUGGUAAAGAGUCUGAAUGUAGAAAC